UUUUCUGCGCGACGAUGAGGAACGGUUAGUGUUUUAUAGUGGAUAAUUAUAUCACACGUAGUUACGUAAUGACGUUUAUGCAUUCUGUUGUGUUCCGAAACUGAACGUUUACUCCGGAGUAAUGGCGGCGUACCGGGGAUCCUCGUCGAAAUGGUUCUUCACCCGGGAACAGCUCGAAAGCACGCCGUCUCGACGCUGUGGAGUAGAACCCGAUAGAGAACUGUCUUAUCGACAGCAAGCGGCAAACCUCAUUCAAGAUAUGGGCCAGAGACUCAACGUCUCCCAACUGACAAUAAAUACUGCAAUUGUUUACAUGCAUAGGUUUUAUAUGUACCACUCUUUCACAAAAUUCCAUAGAAAUAUAAUUUCCCCUACCACCUUAUUCUUGGCUGCCAAAGUUGAAGAGCAGCCUCGGAAACUAGAGCAUGUCAUUAAAGUGGCGCAUGCCUGUUUAUACCCUCAAGAGCCUCCGCUGGAUACAAAGAGUAAUGCAUACCUCCAGCAAGCUCAAGAGCUGGUGAUACUUGAAACCAUAGUGCUGCAGACUUUAGGUUUUGAAAUAACUAUUGAGCAUCCACACACUGAUGUUGUGAAAUGUUCCCAACUAGUGCGAGCAAGCAAGGAUCUGGCACAGACUUCCUAUUUCAUGGCUACCAACAGUCUCCACCUCACCACCUUCUGUCUGCAGCACAAGCCCACAGUCAUUGCUUGCGUGUGCAUACACCUCGCUUGCAAAUGGUCCAACUGGGAGAUCCCAGUGUCUACCGAUGGAAAGCACUGGUGGGAGUAUGUGGACAGUUCAGUGACCCUGGAGCUUUUGGAUGAACUGACCCAUGAAUUUCUCCAGAUUUUAGAGAAGACGCCGAGCAGGCUAAAGAGGAUUCGGAACUGGAGGGCCACGCAAGCUGCCAAAAAGCCCAAAGCAGAUGGCCAGGUGACAGACGGUAGCAGUACCUUCACAUGUCCCUCCAUGUCACAGGACAACUCCCUUGUUGAUGCCAUCCCUGGUAUGUCUGGAGAUGCGUCCUUCUCCAAGGCCUCCGCCUCGUUCCCCGUCUCCCUGUCUGGCAACCCGGGAGGCGGCCUCUCCCUGGACGCUCUCACGGGCAUGCCGGGCACAUCCUACACCUUCACGGCCCCGAACGACUGGCCUCAGGACCAGGUCCGCUCAGAACCCCUCAAACUAGACGCCUUGGGGCUCCCGCAGGGUGCGCCGCUGCUGCCCCAGCACGGCUCCUCACACCCGCACCGGCCCGACAAGAGUGCAGACUUCAAUCCCGUCAAACACGAACAUAAGGCGGGCGGAGGGGCGAAACACCAGCCGCCAGCCUUCCCUCCGCCUCCCCCUCCCCCUCCUCCGCCUCCUCCUCCUGUCGCCACAGUAAAGAUGUCUCUGGACAAGUACCGCGAGAAGCAGGCGGCUGAGCAGGCAGUGCAGAAACGCCGGCAAGAGCAGCACACGCAGGGUGCGGAGCAUGAGGGUCAGGAGGCGUAUAGCAGAGCCUCCCUUCAGGCGGACCACCGCAAGCACCCACAGGCCCACUCGCACAGCCUGCUGCCUGGCCCCGGCAACAGCGGCGCUGGCAUCAGCUUUCCCACUGCCUCCCCUCUGAAGAUGAAGCUGGCCAUGCCAGGCCAGGAGAGGUUUCAGAGUGGCAACAACGGCAGUGGGGACAGACGUGACAAAGGCGCCUCGCUGAAGCUGCGCCUUCCGAUCCCUUCCCAGGGCGAAAGGAGCGGCUCUGGCAGCAAAGAGGAGCUAAAGAUGAAGAUCAAGGUGUCCUCGGAGCGGCACAGCUCCUCGGACGAGGGUGGCGCCAAGAGCAAACAUUCCAGCCCGCUGGUGAGCAAGGAGAAGCACCGGGACCACUCGGGCCACCGGCACCACCACCACAAGCAUGGCCACUCUCACUUCCAUGCUCACAGCGGCAAUGGCAGAGGGGCCCACGAGGGUCCGGGCUCAGGCUCGGGAUCAGGAGGUGCCCUCCGCAGCCCGCUAAGUCUGGGCCCCGACGGUUUGGCCAUGGGCCCCAGCUCCUCCAGUUCCUCCUCCCGGAAGAGGGGUUACCCCGAAAGUACCCACAACCACCACUCCAAAAAGAACAAAAGCUCCAAGGGCAGCUCAGGUAGUUCCUAUAAUUGUUGCUCUGUACAGCAGGUGUGUGUGUCGUCUCGCAGCUCUGUUCUUAACCUUCCCUUCCCCCUGUGCGUCCCCCAGGUGGGCUACGGACAUCCCAGCACCCUGGUGAAACUGGACAGGAAGCCAGUGGGGAGCCGCGGGCCUGAACGCGCCAGUGGCCAGCACGCGGACUACAAAGACACAUUUGACGUGCUUGCCUCGCUGUUAAGUGCCCAAGGAAGGAACACCUGAAAGCCACAGAGGGAUUUAGAAAAAAAACUAAAAACAAUAGAAAGAAAAAAGAAAAAAAAAACCUACUUCAGUAACUACUUCAGUAUAGAUGUUUUUCUCUUAUUGAGAAGUGACGAGAGAGAGAGAGAGAGAGAGAGAGAGAAUGCUUUCUGAUCCUCUGAUUCCUUGGCAGUGGCACCCUGUGCUCCCCUUGUCUGUGUGUGUCGUUGCUGCUCUGUCCUCCAAACCCACUCAGUGGGUUGUGGCAUGGGCGUGUGAGUUGUGGGGGGCAUUCUAAUUCACAUGGAUUUAUAUCUCCUCACUAGAAGCUGAUUGGGAGUUCAAUUCUAAAUACUUAAAACUGAAUGAUGCAAUGAUUUUUUUUUUUUUUUUUUCGUUUAUAAUUUAAGCGAAUCUCCACAAUUGUAAUUCAUAAAUACUAUUAGGCUCUUCCAAAAUGACCUAUUUCCUGUUCUGAGAGGGGAUAUGUGUGCGUGAGUGUGUAUUGAUGUGGGUGCGCGUGAGGUCUUUCAUUUCUAUACUGUAUGUAUGAUCUGCAUGUUUCAAUCAAAGGGAUGAAGAAUGAUGACUGCUGUUUACAGGAAGUGGAGAUAAAUGUACAUACAUUUUUGUAUGCUUAAAAAAAAGUGAUAACAUAAAUACUCAGGUUUGGAACUGCUUGUAAGUAUAACAAAGUGUGUGUGUGUGUGUGUGUGUGUGUGUGUAUGAGAGCACGCACAGAUAUGUGUGCUUGUAUGUAUGUGAAUGAAAUAAUGAAAAAAAAAAAGACUAUUGUAACUUGAUAAGAAUCCAUUUUCUGAUUCUGACUGCAGCAUUCCAGUAAUGUGCUUAGAAGCCUGUAUUCUCUGCAUGGGUGUCAAGCGAGGACCCACCAUGCCUAACCAAUCACCUGGCUUGUCAGAGGCCUUGCAGUUUGUCCUUUUCCUUCCCCAAGGUGACUUUAAGCUGGAUGCCAAAGGUUGUGCCUCGAGAAGAGAAAUUAAGAGGACUCUAAAGUUUACAUAACCUUUGCUGUGAAGUGCAUUUAAAAUUCUCUCGGCUUCAAGCUGUAGCCUAUAGGUGCGACACUGUAAGUCAAUAAUGGAAAAAUGUAGGUUUUCUCUUGUUAAGUGCAGACGCAUGAAGUUUAUCUGGGAAUUUAAUCAGUGUUGAAACAAUGGGGUUUAAAAAUAGUUUUACUUUUCCAUGUCAUGCGUUCCUGCAAUAUGCAUAAUUUUGAUUGUGGGGUAAAAUGUAUUUCUGCAAAAGAGGAGUCAUUUACUUCAUUGAGCAGAAUUGGAACAUAAGGUCAAGGACUACAGAUUGUUACUUUAUUCAUGGGCACAGAGUUAGAGGUUUAUAUAGUGGAACAUAUCAACAUCCAGUCCAGUUUGCCCCCUCCACACCUCCACCCUCUUUCAGUUAAGUUGUACAAAUAAAUCCCAAGGUUUCCACUACCCGAA